AUGGAGAACCAGACUCUAAGCACAGAUAUCCUGCUCCUGGAGGGGUUAAAGGUCAGCCCCCAGUCCUCUGUCCCCGCCUUCGUCCUCCUCCUCCUCAUCUACGUCUUCAUCAUGGUGUCCAACCUCGGCCUGGUGGUCCUGAUCUUCAUGGAUAGGAGCCUCCAGCAGCCCAUGUACCUGCUCUUCUGCAACAUGAGCAUUAACGACGCGUUCGGAGCGACGACCAUCAUCCCUCGCUUACUGAGCGACGUUUUUGUUCCCGUCACAGAGCGCUACAUUCACUACACCAGCUGCGUCAUUCAGGCGUUCUGCGCUCACUUCCACGCGAGCUCCACUCACACGGUCCUCAUGGUCAUGGCCUUCGAUCGCUACGUGGCCAUCUGCAACCCCCUGCGGUACGCCACCAUCAUGACCACCUGGAUGGUGGUGACGCUGUCGGUGUCGGCGUGGGCGGUGUCUUUGGUUAUGGUGGUGAUCCUCGUGGGCCUCAGCGUCCGCCUGUCGCGCUGCAGGUGGAUUAUAUUCAACCCGUUUUGCGACAACGCCUCCUUGUUCAAACUGUCCUGCGAGAGCGUCCUCAUCAACAACAUCUACGGCCUCGGCUACACCGUGCUCCUGCUGGGCUCCUCCAUCGGCAGCGUCACGCUCACCUACCUGAGGAUCGCCAUCGUGUGUCUGAGCAGCAAGAACAAGGUGCUGAACAGCCGAGCGCUGCAGACCUGCGCCACUCACCUGGCCGUCUACGUCAUCAUGUUUGUGUCAGGCUCCGUCAUCAUCAUCCUCCAUCGUUUCCCGCACUUAUCGGACUACAGGAAGCUAGCGUCCAUCUUGUUCCAUGUGGUUCCUCCUGCCAUGAACGCAAUCAUCUACGGACUGCAAAUCAAAGCAGUCAGACAAAAAAUAAUGAUUAUGUUUAACGGGAAUAAAAUGAAGGCGUGA